CUAAUUUGACCUUCCUUCCCUUCCAGAACCCAGCUGACAAGGCUGUCGUGUUAUGACGACCCCCAACAAAGGAAACAAGGCCUUGAAGGUGAAGAGGGAGCCAGGCGAGAAUGGGACCAGCUUGACAGACGAGGAGCUGGUGACCAUGUCUGUGCGGGAGCUGAACCAGCAUCUGCGGGGCCUGUCGAAGGAGGAGAUCAUCCAGCUGAAGCAGCGUCGGCGCACGCUGAAGAACCGGGGUUACGCGGCCAGCUGCAGGGUGAAGCGCGUUACCCAGAAGGAGGAACUGGAGAAGCAGAAGGCAGAGCUGCAGCAGGAAGUGGAGAAGCUGGCCUCAGAGAACGCCAGCAUGAAAAUGGAACUUGAUGCUCUCCGCUCCAAAUACGAGGCUCUCCAGAACUUCGCCAGAACCGUGGCCCGGAGCCCCGUGACCCCUGCACGGGGGCCUCUCGCUUCCAGUAUGGGGCCCCUCGUCCCUGGCAAGGUUGCUACUACUAGUGUCAUCACAAUAGUGAAAUCCAAAACGGACGCCCGGUCUUAGUGAAGCGAGCGUUGCCUGAGCUUGUCUGUGCAGGGCAGUUAGGCACAAAACCAGCCUGGAAUCCCCAAAGCACAAGCCCUCCCCACACGGGUCCGGGUUCCUUUGACUUGGCCCAGGACUGGCCUGCUGAUCGCUCCAGUUUAUUUUGUUGUGUCCAGAUUGGUAUGAGCAGUGGUGAUGCAUCCCUUGUCCUGUGCAGACAGAGCUUCCCGCCCAGCAGUCUGUAGCCCUCGGGUGCCCUGGGGACAGACUGUGAGAUUUUGGUUUUCUACCCAAAGAAAAUCUGUGCAGCGUGGCUGAGAGAAGGGUGGAGGAGUGGCCCGAGGAAAGCUUUCUUCCUGGGGGCUGGGAACCCUAAUUUUCGGUCACUUCCAAAGGCUUUAUUUCAUGACUCUUCCAGGUGGUGCAUCUCAGCGCCUGAACCUGCUGCUUUUGUCUCCUUUGGUACCUGUAGUUACAGUUGGGGUGUUCUGUGUCAUAGGUUUUAUUCCUUCCUAGGUGUGCCUCUGUGCCCUAACCGUGGGUUUCCCUCAGACGUCCCUGGCGUUAGCUGUGUAAACUGGCAGUGUGGAAGGACGCUGCUGUGUCCCGCCGAUGCGGUCCUGCGGCCCCGCAGGGCCCGCACCCCGGAGGGGAGAAGGGAGCAGCGGUACUGUGUUGACUGCAGGCCGGUUUUGUGCCUAAUGUGUUGCACUGAACAAGACCAAAAUCACUAGUUGUUCCCGUGUUUUGAGGGUAUCAAGUGUCUCUAGUGUGAUGGUUUACACAACCAGUUUAUGUGGUUAAAUAGCCCUUUAUUUAAAGAGAGAAACAUCAUUUUAAGAAUUAUUAAAUUAUCUAAGUUUAAAAUUGGACAGAAGAGAGAGCGUAUUUAUAGUCAGCUUUUUUACCUGAGAAGGCGAGAAUAUUUGACCACAUGAGUGGGGAAAUAUUCUCAGAGACUUUGCUAGUUAAAAGUUAAUAAAUAAAUAAUUUUAAAGUUU